AUGUUGUUUGUGAAAAGUCCGCAUUCUAUAAAGAUUAAUUCAUCUGAGGUGGCGAUAAAUACGUUGGAGCUAUGUGUACUAUCGAAGCUGAAAAACUUUUUGUCUCAGCCUAUUAUUGUACGAAUUUUGAAUCGAUUUUACAAAGGCGAACUCAUUCAAAGUGAUAUAUCGGAAAAAGACAAAAGUAGCAGUAAUAGUAAUAUUGAUGAUGAUGAGGAAAAAAUGCUACUAAAUGCUGAGAUCAUGAAGUACAAAUUCAAUAAAGUAUCGAUCAAUCGUAUACUACGACGAGCCAAUACAGUUCCGAAAUAUCAGAAUCUAGUCAUCAACUUGAAACUAAUUGUGUUUGCAGUUUUAUACUUUAUAUUAAUUUUCAAACCGAUUAGUAGUUUACCAGAGUUGGCAUUUUGGUUGAUGAGUUUGAGUCUCAACAUUGAAGUUUUUUCAAAGAUUCUAAGUAUUGACUCUAGGUUCUUGAAAUUGGUGAUAUGGAACUAUAUCGACGUGGGACUAGUGGUAAUGCUUGACUUUUGCUUCAUAUUGAAAAUCUUUGGCUUCCGCUCAUAUUACAAUGAUUUCUUCAGUUUGAUCGGUAUAGUUUUAUUCCCCAGGAUACUAUCAGUGUUUAAUAACUACAAGUUCUUUAAUUUGAUUGUUACAUCAUUUAAUAAGAUGAUUUGGAAUUUGGUUGGGUUGAUAUUGUUUUUCUUUACAUUGAUAAGUGGAUUUUACUUUAGUUUUAUUGCACUUAGCUAUGAUCAAACCAGCGGUGAUAUUUUGUUCAAUAUGGUCAAGAUAUUCUUUGGUUUUACACCUUCUGUAUGGAACAAUUGGGAGAAAUUUAAUACUUUGGGUAAGAUUAUGCAAAUGUUUUACUUGUUCUUAAUCCAAUUUAUUGUGGGUACAAUAUUGGCUAUUUGUUUGAGUGGAAUUUUCAACAAAGCAAGAGAGAACAUCGAGCAAGAAUUCAACUAUACAAAGCUGAAAAAUCUAGUUCUUUACUUUAAAAUGGCAGUUUUGAAUCAAAGACAGGAUGUGUUAAAUUAUUUUUUGCAAAUUUUCAAGAUUCCCAUAAUCCUAUUAAUACUUGGGCACGAAAUACUCGUUUCCAAAUUAGGUGUCAAGGAUAAGUCUAAUGUUGAUUUGAGGAAUUUCGUCUUUUUCACAAAUGAAGAGCAGCCCGAAACUGAUGAAAUAAGGAUGUAUAAAAGAGGUCAGAAAUUAGUGAAGCCUCAUCAAUCGUUGAGUACACUCGGUGGAGGUCAUUUGAGAACAGCUUCAACCGACUCGUUUUUUAUUGAUCAGCUUUUAAAUCGAAAAUAUGGGGGGAGAAAAACGUAUGGUAACACUGGUGAAGCUGUUACUCGGAUAUUGUCAAAGAGGGCGCGACAAACGCAAAGUCUGCUGUUACAAUUGCAACAGCCGUUCAGUAUACCGCAGCAGCCACCACAGCAGAUACCGCAGCAACAGCCAUUUAGUAUACCGCAGCAGCAGCCUCCUCCUCCUCCUCCUGCACGUCGACAGUCAAUAUACCAACAAGCUUUUUCAUUUACCCCACAGUCGCUCUUAGCUACGUCACCUAACCAGAAUGAGGAGAUACUUUCAAGGUUAUCAAUUUUGGAAAAUGUAUUACUAAAGAAUAGGGCUUCUAUGAGCAAACUGCUUGGAAUAUAUGAUAUCCAAGAGAAUGUGGAUGAAGGCCCCUUGAACCGUGAAAGAGAAGAAGAUAGUUUCCUGAUCAGCUCGGAAGUAGAUACAAGUGUAGGGAACUUAGAUGAUACACUUCCAAUCAAGAUUGAUACAUUAAUUGAAACGCAACUCGAUCAGUAUGAUAGUGACGAUACCUUCUAA